GUUUCCCACCGGCCACCGCACCCACACCUUCCCUUCCCCCUACCGCGCGCCUCGGCUCGGCCAGUCAACCAUGGGGGACGCCACGGCCUCGGCCUCGGCGAGCACCAAGACGGCGGAGCUGGACGCCCCGCUCAGCGCGCUGGGCUUCGAGAUCGAGGAGGUCUCGCCGUCGCGGCUCACCGGCCGCCUCGUCGUCACGGACACCUGCUGCCAGCCGUUCAAGGUGCUGCACGGCGGCGUGUCGGCGCUGAUCGCUGAGGGCCUGGCGAGCAUGGGCGCGCACAUGGCGUCGGGCUACCGCCGCGUCGCCGGCAUGCAGCUCAGCAUCAACCACUUCCGGAGCGCCGCCGUCGGCGACACCGUCCUCGUGCGGGCCGUCCCCGUCCACAUCGGCCGCUCCACCCAGGUAUGGGAGGUGAAGCUAUGGAAGAUGGAUGUAUCCACACAGGGGGAAGGGCCUCAAAUCGCCGAGGCAAGGGUCACGCUCCUCUGUAAUCUACCGGUGCCGGAUGAGAUGAAAAGUGCGGGAGAAUCUCUUAGGAAAUACUCUAAACUGUAAAACUCCAUUGAUAUGUGAUUCUGUAAAAGAACAUUUCUUGUGCAAACACUGAUGGAUCAACUCAAAAGGACAAGCUUCAGAUGUGCUUCCAUUUUGUAUCUAUCCAGCAAUCAAGUAAAUUGGAAUGUGAUUC